AUGAUCACUACAUUAUCAAAGAGAAGUCUGAUCCUACCGAGAGCCCUUCAUCUUCAAAAUAGAAGCAUCAUUGUUAAUGCUGACCUACGAGCAAAGCUAACCCAGUCUCAGAACCAUCCAGUUGUGGUCAUUGGCGGUGGACACGCUGGAUGUGAAGCAGCAACGGGAUCGGCAAGAUCAGGGACCCCAACUACCUUGAUAACACCAGAAAUUAGCAAAAUAGGUACAGCCUCAUGUAAUCCAUCAAUGGGAGGUGUUGGUAAAGGAACUCUUUUACGUGAAGUCGAUGCUUUUGAUGGUGUAAGUGCCAGAAUUACCGACAAGGCAGGCAUACAUUUUCGAAUAUUGAAUGCUUCAAAGGGUCCAGCUGUUCAUGGCCCACGAGCGCAAAUUGAUAGAAAGAUUUACUUGAAUGAGAUGCAAAGGGAAAUUUGCAAUUAUGAGAAUUUAUCAAUUAUUGAAGCCCAAGUGAAGGAUAUAAUAAUAGAGCCAACCAACUUUGAGGACUACAAUGGUCGUGGCUUUGGGACUGUUAGAGGUGUAAUACUAGAAGGUGGCAGGAUUUUGAAGUGUGAAAAGAUUGUUGUCACCACAGGUACAUUCUUAGGGGGUGAGAUUCACAUCGGUCUCAAAGCAUUUCCAUCUGGAAGAAUGGGCGAAAAAGCGACGUUUGGAUUAUCAAAGACGUUCAGGGAAGCAGGGUUCAGAUUAGGGAGGUUGAAAACAGGUACACCUGCUAGAUUAUCAGCCAAAACGAUUGAUUUUACUAAUUUAAUUGAACAACCAUCAGAUUUUCCACCUCAACCAAUGUCGUAUUUAAAUGAAGGUGUUGAUCUUGAAGACAAAUUGGUCAAAUGUUAUCAAACUCAGACGACUCCGGAAUUUCACAAGAUGAUUGCUGACAACUUGGAUAAAUCAAUUCACAUCAGAGAAACAGUCAAAGGCCCACGAUACUGUCCCAGUAUUGAGUCUAAAGUUAUCAAAUUCCCGCAAAAGCAGUCACACGUAGUAUGGCUUGAACCUGAAGGACUCGAUACUGAUCUUAUAUAUCCCAAUGGUAUAUCUUGCACAAUGCCAGAGGAAAUUCAAGAACAAAUUGUCAAAUUGAUGCCUGGCUGUGAAAAUGUUAAAAUGGUACAACCAGGGUAUGGCGUGGAGUAUGAUUAUGUUGACCCUAGAGAGCUUAAAAUCACCCUCGAGACGAAAUUGGUUGACGGAUUGUACUUGGCAGGACAAAUUAAUGGAACUACUGGAUACGAAGAAGCUGCUUCGCAAGGUUGUAUUGCUGGUAUCAAUGCUGGUCUUUCAUAUUUGAAGAAACCGUUGUUGGAAAUGAAGAGAUCUGAUGGAUAUAUUGGUGUUUUGAUUGAUGACUUAAUAACUAAGGGAGUUGAAGAACCAUACAGAAUGUUUACAUCAAGAUCAGAGUUUAGAGUGUCCAUUCGUUCGGACAAUGCAGAUAAAAGACUAACUGAAUUGGGAUAUAAGCUUGGAGUAGUUGGAAAGAAGAGAUACGAAUACUUCAAAAAUGAGAUUCAGCAGUUUAAUGAGAUAAAAGAUCAUUUGAAAUGCCUUCGGCUUUCUGGAAAGUCCUGGUCACCUGCAUUAUCAGGAGCAGCCACUGAUUUGAGAUCAACCAAUAAAGUUGAUGGAUGGAAAUUAUUAUCGUACAAGGGAGUUUCCAUUAAAGAUGUACUUCCUCACAUGGAUACUUUCACAAGUAACAAUACUCCGUCCUUUUAUGAACAUCUAACCAAUAGAUUGAUGAAUCGUAUUGAUGUUGAAAGUGAUUACGAGCCAUUCAUGUCCAAAGAGAAAGCUCAUCUCAGUGCUUACGAAGCCGAUGAAAAUUUACUUUUACCUACAAACUUCAACUACACCAAUACUGGUAAUUUGAAAAUUUCUUAUGAAGCUUGUUCAAUUUUGAAUACAAUUCAACCAAAGACGAUUGGACAAGCACGUCGUAUUCAAGGCAUUACACCCACUACCAUUUUUGAACUUUUAAAACUUGUGAGAGGUAAUCAAAAACAAUAUGCUGCUUCUGCUGCUCCAUAG